CAUGAUUUAGCCUUUAUUUUUUACUGAACCGUAUCGAAUCGAAAGCGCACUGUAUCGAGGUUUGUCUCAUAUCAGUGACUUCUUAACAACACUCGGCCUCAGUCAACAGGGAAACGUGGCUCUUGCCCCGUCUGGGAGUAUGACAUCAUCACAUUCUAGAACCUGAAAACCUCCCAGUUCCAUCAGGUUCACGGCGCCGAUGACAUCAUACAUGUAAAGUUCCAUAAAGCCUUGUUACCAUGGCAACUCCGGAACUCAAAGCUAAACUUCAAAGCUUUGUGGGCUUUAACUCAAAGCUUUGUUUGGCCUCGGGGAGAUUAUAAGAGUAGGCAAAUCGCAAAUCACAAAUCGAAAAUCACAUAUCGCUUAACGGAAAAGGCACAUUUAGCUGAGCUUGACACAGAGCAAAUCGUACAAAGAUUUCAAACAGUAGACUUCACAGAGGAGACUUUACAGAGUAGAUUUCACAGAGUAGGUCGCACUUUUUAUCUGCGUAACACCUGUUGUCAGAUCUUUGUGGAGGAGAAGGUCCAUGAUGAGCUCUAAGACGCUGCAGCAGAUCCGGGAGCUGGAGGAGAAGAUGAUCAGUCUGGAGGAGCAGGACGAGCUGUGGUCUCGUAAAGAAGCUCAGGUCCUGGAGAAGCUCGACCUCCUGAAGAAGGAGCAGAAAACGAUCCUGGACCCUCUGAGACGAAAGCUGGAGCAGACAGAGAAGAGCUUCAGGACAGAGCUGGAGCAGGCAGAGAGGAACUUCAGGACAGUGCUGGAAGAGAGGAGGAACAAGGAGGAAGAACACGCAAGGAGAGAGGAAGAACUACAGAUGAAAAUACAAGACGCACAACGCAGGAAAAGAGAGUCAGAGGAGUUGUUCUUCCAGCAGAGGGCGCAGCUCAUGGCUCAGAUCUCGGACUUGGAUCAGGCUCUGGUCCGACAGGAACAGGAGCACAAGACCGAACUGGAGAAAGCGAAGAAGGAACAAGAGGAACGCAUCGACAGAAAAGUCAAAAUGCUGAUGUGGCAGAGGCGGCAGGUGGUGGAGGAGGAGGAGCAGGCGUUGCUCCUGUCGCAGUGGCGCAGGGAGCAGGAGCAGAACGACAGGUGCAGGGAGGAGAUCGCGGACGCCCAGAGGGAGACGGACGAGCUCCGGGACGAUAUCAAACUCCUGAGGGACCAACAGAGGGAGAUCCACCUCCGCACACACACCACCAAACAAAAAUGCGAAGACAUGAGGAAGAUCAACCAGACCCUCAAGCAGGAGAUGGGGAGGUUGUCCAGGAAGUUGAAGGACCUGAGCAAGAGAAAGUUGAGUCUGAACGAGGAGAAGGUGAAAUCUGAGGAGCUCACCGACAAACUCAGGGAUGACUACAGAGUUCUGUGCCUGAAGCGGGAGGAACAGAGAGUGGAGAUCCUCAGACUGAAGGAGGAGGAGAAAAGAGCGAGGAGGAGGAGGACACACAACGAGACGAACCUACGCAUAGCCAUCGAUGUCCUGCGGGAGAUCAUACAGGUGGAACAGGACCGCAGACAGAUGCCCUCCCUGAAGCUCACGCGUCUCUGCGCCCCCCGCGGACUCUUGGUGUCCCGAGAGCGCCCCCCGCGGACUCCUGGUGUCCCGAGAGCGCCCCCCGCGGACUCCUGGUGUCCCGAGAGCGCCCCCCGCGGACUCCUGGUGUCCCGAGAGCGCCCCCCGCGGACUCCUGGUGUCCCGAGAGCGCCCCCCCGCGGACUCCUGGUGUCCCGAGAGCACCCCCGCGGACCCUGGUGUCCCGAGAGCGCCCCCCACGGACUCCCCGAGAGCGCCCCCGCGGACCCUCGUGUCCCGAGAGCGCCCCCCGCAGACUCCCCGAGAGCGCCCCCCGCGGACCCUCGUGUCCCGAGAGCGCCCCCCGCGGACCCUGGUGUCCCGAGAGCGCCCCCCGGCAGACUCCUAGUGUCCGAGAGAGCGCCCCCCACCCUCCCGAGAGCGCCCCCGCGACUCCUGGUGUCCCGAGAGCGCCCCCGCGGACUCCUGGUGUCCCGAGAGCGCCCCCGCGGACUCCUGUGUCCCGAGAGCCCGCCGCGGACCCUGGUGUCCCGAGAGCGCCCCCCACGGACUCCCCGAGAGCGCCCCCCGCGGACCCUCGUGUCCCGAGAGCGCCCCCCGCAGACUCCUAGUGUCCCGAGAGCGCCCCCCGCGGACCCUCGUGUCCCGAGAGCGCCCCCCGCGGACCCUGGUGUCCCGAGAGCGCCCCCCGGCAGACUCCUAGUGUCCCGAGAGCGCCCCCCACGGACCCCUAGUGUCCCGAGAGCGCCUCCUGUUGGCGUGUGGGGCGAUAAAAACUCGUUCUUUGUGGCGACGAACCUGAUCGUGACGCGUGGACAGAGACAAGGAAGCUGCGCCGAGGUCAGACUCACACACAACCCGACCACACAGUCCUGGACUGACGCUUUGGACGCGCGUCUUGGCCGCUGA